CGAGUUUGUAAGAACGUCAUUAUCAUUUCUUCACCGAAUCUCUCCUCUAUACCCCACUAAUUCAACCACCUUUGUCGACUCCAAAAUUUCAAUCCUUUUCUCAAACAGUUCCAUUUUUCGAUUUCAAAUUUCUCUGAUUACAGAUAAUUAUGAAACUGUUUUUUCUUAACUAACUUAUAACAGUUACAGAGAAAAAAUAAAUAAAGAGAUAGAAGAUGGAGAGACAAAGAAGUUUCUCUGUGAAGUCCACAAGAGUCUUAGCAUUCAUCAUCACAAUAAUCUCUUCCGCCAUUGUUUUCUUCACUUUCUUCUCCUCUUCCUUACUCAAAUCUAACUCUUCUCUUUACCCAACACCAGAAGCUAACUUCCAGAUCGAUUUAAGCCCUAUUGCCGCCAUUUCCGAUUCUUCAGUUUCUCCUCAAGCAAGUCCGAUUCUGAUCUCUACCCAUUUCAAUUCACCCGAAAACACUUCCGGGUCUUCAAAAAUUUCUGUUUUUGAGCAGAAGAUUAGCGGCGAGAGUUUGGUUAAGGAAGUUAGGGAAAUUGCUAAUUUAACUUCGAUUAAAGUGAUUGAACUUCCGAGCAACAAUGGUGAAGAUAAGAAGACAGAGAAGAGAAUCGAAGAAUGUGAUGUUACGAAAGGGAAGUGGGUUUACGAUAGUGAUUAUCCAUUGUACACAAAUGCGUCUUGUCCUUUUAUCGAUGAAGGAUUUGGUUGUCAAAGCAAUGGAAGAUUGGAUCUUAAUUACAUGAAUUGGAGAUGGGAGCCUCAGGAUUGUCAUGCUCCCAGGUUCAAUGCUACAAAGAUGCUGGAAAUGAUUAGAGGCAAGAGGCUAGUGUUCGUUGGAGAUUCAAUUAAUAGGAACCAAUGGGAAUCUAUGCUUUGUUUGUUGUUUCAAGCUGUUAAAGAUCCCAAGAGAGUAUACGAAACGCACAACCGAAGAAUCACCAAAGAGAAAGGGAAUUAUAGCUUCCGUUUCGUGGAUUAUAAAUGCACUGUGGAAUUCUAUGUUACUCAUUUCUUGGUUCGUGAGGGUAGAGCAAGAAUAGGAAAGAAGCGAAGAGAAACACUUAGAAUCGAUGCUAUGGAUCGAACCUCUUCCAGAUGGAAAGGUGCUAAUAUCUUAGUGUUCAAUACAGCUCAUUGGUGGUCUCAUUACAAAACCAAAUCAGGGGUCAACUACUACCAAGAAGGAGACCUGAUUCAUCCCAAACUCGAUGUAUCAACCGCUUUUAAGAAAGCUUUGCAGACUUGGUCAUCAUGGGUUGACAAAAAUGUCGAUCCGAAGAAAACUCGCGUUUUCUUUAGAAGCGCUGCACCUUCUCAUUUCAGGUCAUUGUCCUGUCUCUCGUGUGGUUUUAUAGACCGAUCAUAUGUCUCCAUUAUCAUCUCUUUAUUGCAUCUUUGGACAGUGGAGGAGAAUGGAACUCAGGAGGUCAUUGCAGAGAAGCCAACAUGCCGUUGAACCAAACCUUCAAACCAAGUUACUCGAGCAAAAAGUCCAUUGUUGAGGACGUACUGAAGCAAAUGAGAACACCGGUAACCCUCUUGAACGUUAGCGGUUUAUCUCAGUACAGAAUUGACGCCCAUCCUUCUAUUUACGGAACAAAACCCGAAAACCGGCGUUCAAGAGCUGUCCAAGAUUGCAGCCAUUGGUGUCUCCCUGGUGUUCCUGAUACUUGGAACCACUUCCUUUACCUCCAUUUGCUCCAUAAACGAUAAAUACAGUUACAAACUAAUCAAAGCUCCAGUUACGUGUUCAAAAGUUUGUUUAAUGUAGGCAUUGCUCGAUCCGAUUUAACCAACCAAACCAAAACCAUUUUGGAAAACCCACUAUGACAACUGAACUGAAAAUACAAAACCAAAUUUUCGUUUUCCUGUGACUCACGCUGGUCCCGUGAAUGUCAAUCUCUUGGUUCAUUGUUUAGGAAAAUAACUAAAUAAAGUUACUUGGACCAUCUCUUGGUUCAUUGUCUACAAUUGUGUAUGUAAACAAAUCUGAUGGUCA